AGUUGUCUCUUGUUUGUUACAAUGGCUGCCUAUUAUAGUAAAAAAGAAAAGAUAAUUGAACUGAUACAAAAAUACCCAGUUAUAUACAAUCCCGAACAUCCAGACUACAAAAACAAAAAAAUAAAAAACAAGAUCUAUGCUUCGAUAGGAGGAAUGAUUGGUGAUACUACUGGGGCUGAAGUCCAAAGGAAGUGGAAAAAUCUUAAAGACUAUUUUAUCCGAGAGAUGAAAAUACAGCAGACUGGGCAGUCAUUUAAAUCCCCAAACAAAUGGAUUUUUUCACAUCAAAUGGAGUUCCUACGCCCCUAUGUUUCAUUGAGUGGUGCUAGCAAUGGCACAUUUUCUAAUGUUGGUGAAAGGUUUGGGAACAGACAGUCAGAUGUAAAGCAAAGUUUGUCAGAGCCAUUUUUAAUCACCACAAAUGAGUCUUUUUCCUCAUCGCCUGCAAGCGAAGAUACCACAGAACUGCUAAGCAUAUCAGACAUAAAGCCUGUCAUCACAACACAGUAUGAACGCCCUCAAGCAACCGCUCAGCAGGAAAAGCCACAGUCAACCACUCCUCACGUGCCGAAACACAAAAAAAGGAGACUCUCCAAUGACUCAGACACAUCGUCGUCAUCAGCAUCCAAAAUUGAUAAAGCGAUGAAUUAUGUUAGUCAUGAAAAAUACUAUGAUAGAGUGGAUUGUCUGUUUCUAGGCUAUGCAGAUUUUUAUAAAAAGCUUUCACGCAGGGGACAGAUCUCAAUCAAAUUGAAAAUGGCUCAAAUAUUUACAGAAGAAGAGCUAAAAGAGCUGGAUAAUCAAAAUAAUGUUAAUAAUACACAAUGAUGUGAAGAUGCUGCUGUAGUUUUGUCAUUUGUUUUGCUGAUUUUAAAGUUUGUGUUUUAAAUAUUGUUAGUAACAAGAGAAGAUAAAUACACUUUUAGAAUAAGACAAACAAGGGUUAAAUAGUUGGCUUCUAAAUUUUAGCUGCUGCCAUUGUAGGACUGAACCAAAACAAAACAAAUAAAACAUUAGAGGAGAUAACUCCAAAAAUAAAUUUUUAAAAGGAGCUAAUAACAUAGCAUCUUCUUUAUCAAAGAAAAUGAAAAAUUUAACUAAUGUAACAGUGAACACACAAAGCUUUAAACUGACUUUGUCGAUAUCAUUUUUCUGUUCCAUUUGUAGUGGGCUCAGCAUGAUUUUUUAUACCUCUUAUUUUAGAAGAUUUUAUUGUUUCUAUAAACAUUUGCACAAAAAAAAGUCAUAUCCUUAGCUCCACACUAUUAGGUUUUAAACUAAGUUCUUGGUUUUUAGUGUUUUUUUUUGUUUGAUUGUCACCUGACAUUCCUGGCCAAAAAAAUCACCUUUCUAGCUUGUCUUAUCAUACUGUCAUAUCCUUAGCUGUACAUUAUUAGGUUUUAAACUAAGUUCUUGGUUUUUAGGUUUUUUGAUUGAUUGUCACCUCCUGGCCAAAAAAAUCACAUUUCUAGCUUGUCUUAUCAUACUGUCAUCAUCCAAAGUACUUUCAGGUCAUUGUCAAUCUGUUCUGACUGUUGGGGCCACCCAUUUGUGAUUGUUCUUAUCUGUUUCAGUAGGGUAUAAUCUUUCACUGAUUUAUUUUAUAUUCUCUCUCUAGUAAGCCAUCAGAUAAGUCAGACACCUGAAAUAGGUGAAUAUUAUUUUCCACUUUUUUGCAUCUACUCAAUUUGAGUGCAUGCUUUUGAAAGUGUUCCUGUAGUAAUUAACCCAUUUCCAGGAAGUAAAAUCAUAUCCUUGGCUCCACAUUAUUAAGUUUUGAAGUUUUCUAGGAUCUUGGCUAUGAGGCUUUCACCUGAUAUUGUCCAAGGGUUUGUGAUCAUUGAUGAUGAUUAGUGAUAGGGUAAAAUGUAUCUUAUACUUCAUUAUUUCUUGGUUUGCAGUAUUCCUCUAAUUUUUUUUAACUGUCAUUGCAUUGUUGAGCUUUUCAUCUUGGCUAUAUAUAAAAUGGUUAGGAUCAUGCAUUUCUAUAGCUAUAGGGCCAUUACAAGACAAAAUAUUGGCCACUUGUUCUUUUGGUUUUAAAUUGGCUCCAGAAACAGUCCCAUAAACUAUCCUGUUCAACAUUUUCAGCUAUACUUAGCUACCACCAUUUUAAUAACAAGAAAAGGAGAGUAUUAAAUGAACACACUUUUUGAACAAGACAAACAAGUGUAUUAGCUAUAAAGUUCUUUUAGACUAUGCUAUUUGCAUCAUACUACAUGUAUUUUAAUUAGUUUGAUUGUCAGUACAGUCAGAUGAAAAGGAGAGUAUUAAAUGAACACACUUUUUGAACAAGACAAACAAGUGUAUUAGCCAUAAAGUUCUUUUAGACUAUGCUAUUUGCAUCAUACUACAUGUAUUUUAAUUAGUUUGAUUGUCAGUACAGUCAGAUGAAAAGGAGAGUAUUAAAUGAACACACUUUUUGAACAAGACAAACAAGUGUAUUAGCCAUAAAGUUCUUUUAGACUAUACUAUUUGCAUCAUACUACAUGUAUUUUAAUUAGUUUGAUUGUCAGUAUGAUGCAUGUGACAUACAUUUAUAUACUAAUAUAUUGGAUUCAUUAUGACUGGAGAUAUGAUAUGAAGGAAUCAAAACUUUGUCGUUAAUUCGUAAUUAUUAUAUCAGGAUUGGUGGGAAGGGGGGAGUGUUGUCAUAAUGAUAUAUCUAGGUCAGUAAACAGGUGGCCACAAUGUGCUAUUUCUAUUUCUUAAAAACAAAAAAGUCAAGACACUCAUAUGAAUAGAUUAGGUAUCCUGCAUGCUGGUUUAAAAUAUUUAGUCUACGUAGUCUACAACAUGGUUUAAACUUGAGGCGCUUAUUUAUUUAUUUUUUUUACUUGAUAAUUUCAUUGUCUUGUCAAUGUACAGGUUUGAUGGAAAGAUGAUUAAUGACAAUGACUUUAUUACAUUGUCUUUAUGUAUUUGCAGUUUGUAAGCUCCAUCCAAUGUUUUUAUUUAGAAGUAGUUCUAAUUGAAAUUAUAUAACUUUAAAUAAAUUUAAAGAGUCUAUUCAAUUAAAUGUUUUAUGAAUUAAAUUUAAUAUGUUUAACACCAGUAAUUAACAUUUUUAAUUUUUGGUCAACAUACAUUUUUCUGUUAAAUUUUUAGUGGCACUUCUCAAUGGGGCAAUGCUUGCCAAUAAAAACACAUAAAUAUCUUUCUGAUUUUUUUUUCUAAAAAUUCUUUUAUCCUGUAACAAAAUUUUCUCAUUUAUCAUGUUUUUGAGAAACCACGGCCUUAAACUUUAAUUCUAUAACAGUGAUGCCCAAAACUAUGGCCCAUGGUCUGUGAUACAGUGUUUUCCCAUAAUUUGAUAAGUACUUUGACCUCUGCUGACAUCUUUUUCUUCUCCAGAGCUUUCUGAAAGUGCUGAUAGUGCACAUGAAAUGAGAUCUUUCAACUUAGUCCAUUUUCUGAUUCGAUGCAUUUCAAAUUUGUUACCUUAUUUUUUCAUCUCAAUUUCUUAUGCUUCCGUUGAUUGAAGAGUUCUGAUUUCAAAUCUUCCUUAGAACUAAACACGAAUCAUGCCAUAACCCGGUUUGUGUUUAGUUUAAAUAUAUCAAUGAGUGAAGGUUGUACAUACACAGCAUUAUAAAUAAAAUGCAUAACAAAUUCAUUGAUGUAAAAUGAUAUUUAUUUUUACUAUUCAUUGGUGAACUGUUACAAUACAUUAAUUAAUAUAAAUCACCUAA